GAAAAGAAGCUGACAGUCAGGCAAAUCCCACAUUCUGAGGUCCAGCACCUGAAGUGUCUUGCCACCAGCAAAAGACCCCAAAUAGGACCUGAGAUUGAUUGAAUUUUAUUGGAAAGGUUUCAACAGACCUCUUCAAGAUGCCGUCUCAGAUGGAGCAUGCCAUGGAAACCAUGAUGCUUACAUUUCACAGAUUUGCGGGCGAUAAAGACUACUUAACAAAGGAGGACCUCAGAGUGCUCAUGGAAAGGGAGUUCCCUGGGUUUUUGGAAAAUCAAAAGGAUCCCCUGGCUGUGGACAAAAUAAUGAAGGACCUGGACCAGUGCCGAGAUGGCAAAGUGGGCUUCCAGAGCUUUUUAUCACUGGUUGCAGGGCUCAUCAUUGCAUGCAAUGACUAUUUUGUAGUACACAUGAAGCAGAAGGGAAAGAAGUAGGCCACAUGGAGCCCUGGUCCUCCCUCCCACAGGGCCCCUUGAGGAGCCUGCCUCGCUGCUUCUCAGGAGCAGUUCAGGACCUGCAGGAAAUGUGCAAAUAACAUCCAACUCCAAUUCCACAAGCAGAGAAAGAAAAGUGAAUUCAGUGACAAAGAAGCUUUGGGUUUUUUAUAUUGUUUGCAUCCUGCUGCCCUCAAUAAAGAGAGUCCCCCCCUUUUUUUUCUUAGUUCUGAA